GUGCUCUGUCGGCGUCAACUGUUGGUCUAUAAAAAUGCAAAACUUUCUGACCGACUUCACUGCAACGACAACUAUUCCUGCCAGUCAAAACAACUGCACAGCACUAAACGAUUUUCUGCAAAGGAGCAGGGUUUACAAUCCUGACACCAGCAGCUAAAGAUGGCUGGCCUGUGCUGGAUGGCUGUGCUGGGCAUGUUUCUGUCUGUUCAGAACAGUGUGACUGCUGUGAACCAAAAUGAACUCCCAAGACUUGUGGAACUACUUUUGAAAGCGUAUCAACCAACCUUCAAAGACAAACCUAUGAUGUUCUCAAUGGCUGUGAGCAUCCCCUACAACGAAAAAACAAAAAAAUAUGACCUUAAUGGAGUCACUGACAAAGGUGAAGCUGUGAGGAACACGAUUCAAAAGUGUGCAGUGUACACCAGCAAGCAGAUGGUUGCAGCCACUGUUCUGAAAUAUCAAGAUGUUCAAAAACUAUGUCCUGAUGAACCAGUGCAGUGGUUAGAGUUGCUGAAAGGCUGUCCCAAUACAGUUAAGACAUGGGCUCAGUUUAAGUCAGAUAAGAAUCUGUGCCCCGUAGCUGUUAGGACUAAAAACCUUGAGGACAUGAAAAAGAAAAAUGGCUUAGUGGAUCAUGCAGAGUAUCGUGUUCUCCAGCAUUUUGACACUAUAGUCAAAAAAGUUCCGACAAACGACUUGCUGUUGUUUUAUUCUUGGGGCUCUCCAUGCGAUGAUAAGUGUACCAAGGAGUCAUGUUGUUAUAACAUCCUCGACAAAAUAACUAAGAUUAAGGAUUGGAAGAGUUACGCUUUUGUGUUUUCUAAACCCUUCAAACCUGCACAAAGAAUGGACGAACAACAACUCAAGAACAACCUACGGGGUGGUCUUGAGAAGCUUGGAAGUAAAAUCAAUCUGCUUAACAUCUACCGCUGUGACAAAGAUAAUAAAGGUACAACCGUGUGUGCCAGCUGCUCCAGUAAUGGCCAAGUUUUAGAUUAUUGCAUCGAGGGGAAUCAAAGUGAAUGGAAAGUGCCUGACCCUAGGCUUGGUGGUGUAAGAAGAAACAGUAUUGGUGGUAGCUCAGAAUAACACCAGCCCUGGUCAGGUGCAAAUGGCAGACAGAAAAAAAUUAGUGCAAAAAAAUGUUGUUUUGGUGGAUGUGAAAGAGCAAGAAACAGAAGAGGAGAGUAAAUGAUAGGAUCUGAGGAAAUACAUUUCUGGUAAUUGGAUUCAAAAUGUUUUUAACCACAUUUCUUGAUUUGUGCUAUUGGAUUUCAACUGCUCUCCAAACAACAAAUGUAAGCAUCUGCUUCAUAUGCUUGCUUUCCAAAGGUUUUCGCUUUCCACUGUCUUCACUGUAAAAUAUUGUUUUUUAACACCACAUAUUUACAUCAGUUUUACUUAUAACCCUACAAAAUCAAUGGUUCGAUACAGUCCAGGCUUCAACUGAACAACAAACACACAUUAACAUCAUACAAUAAAUAUAAACUAUCAAAAACCACAGUAUAAUGGAGAGACAACUGUGUAUGCACAAAUCAUGUAAUGAUUAAAAUAACUGAUCAAAGAAAAAAGGGAGGACAAAUACAAUAAAUACAACUAUAUCUGGAAAACUAAUUACCAUUAAUUCUUUUAACAGAGGGCUUAAAGCAUGGCUAAAAGCAAACCAACAGUGCUUACAUGUAUAGACACAGACUAUUAUUCCUAUUUUUAUUAUUAUUAUUAUUAUUAUUAUUAUUAUUAUCAUUAUUAUUAUUAUUAUUGCGAUCAUGUAUUUUGCUUGUUUUAUUUCUUAUUGUUGAUUAUAUGCUGUGCAUUUUAGAAAAGCCACUUAUGGACUGGUGUUGAAAACUAGUACGUGUGCUAUGUACAUCCAAGCAAAGCAUCUGGUCUGUCCUUUGGAACACUCACAAUGUACUUGUGAUGUCCAUAUCAAAUAAAAUAAAUUUAAUAAGAAAAAAUAAAUAAAUAAAGCAGUCUUUUUAUUUUUAUGUUGUGAAAAUUUCUGAUAAAAAUAUAUUUGUCGUUUUUGACUUACAAGUUAUGUGUCCCUUGGUACUGUCAAUGUUAUCUGUUCUAGUGUAAUCAAACCGAAUGAUAUGUUUCUGCCAAUCUUUUGCAAUACAGCUUAACUGAGCAACCA